GGGGAAAUUACCUAUCCCUAUAACAUAAUGAGAUGACACCAUUUUUGCACUCUGUGCUUCAAAAACUAACAAACCCUAGGUUGUGGUUUAUAAAUCACAGCAGUUGAUGUGAUUUAUCACAGAUGUGAAGGCAGAACGAAACCACAACCAAACUUGGUGUGUGGCAUGAGAGAGGGGAAAAUAAAGUGCCCUACACAAGGAAUGUGCACACAAUGAUUUUCCCUGUCUUUGGGUUUGACAUCAAUAGAGGAAGAAGUUAUAGAAAACCUGAUACAGAUUCCCCUGCAAUGCAUUUUAUUACUGCUUGAGGAGGUUCUGAGGGAGCUUUGCAAGCCAAUCCUGUAUACCUCUUACACCACAUGCUUCAAAACAAUAACAAGCUCCAUGGUUUAUAAGAAGUUACUUCUAUGCUCAAUGCUGUGAAAAAAUAUGUAUGUAUGUAUGCAGAAAAAUUGUCCUCUGUAUAUCUGUGACCCAAGAAUCUUCUGAAAGGCACUCUGGACGGUGAAUGUUCUCUUUUCCCAAAUUUGAAUUAGGGAGUAAAGUUUUGAUGAAUGCUCUUUCCUUGUUUUUUAUUUAUUGAUAUAUUCAACCCAGUCUAAUAAACUAGAGGAUGAUUUUACUGAAGAUAGCAUAAGGUUCACAAAAUCUGCAUGAAUAUUUUAAUAUAAAUUGGAAACGCUGUCACCCUUGUUCAAGGAAGUUCUCAAAAAUUAUUCCUCUUUAAGCGAGAUUCAUCAUUUUCUGCUAGUGCAACAGGAUAAGUCUUAAACCCAGAGAAGCUGCUAAGCGGUCCAAGUAUGUUUUCUGAAUGCAGCUCCAUUGAGAAGAAUGAUAGGAUCAUCUUUUCUUCAGGACUUGAAACAUUAUCAAUUUGAAACACAAGGAAUGAACUAAAUGGAAAACAGCACCACAGUGAGGGAAUUCAUAUUGUUAGGGCUGACUAACAACCAACAAAUUGCUGUUGGCCUUUUUCUCAUCCUGCUUGGGAUUUAUAUUUUGACAUUGAUAGGAAACAUGUUGAUUAUUAUUAUCACAUUGCUGAAUGCCCAACUCUGUAGUCCAAUGUAUUUCUUCCUCCGACAUAUGGCUUGGAUAGAGAUUGGGUAUGUAAGUAGCAUCAUUCCUAAAACACUGGCCAACAUAGCCACUGGUAACAAGAGUAUCUCUUUAGCUGGUUGCUUCGUACAGAUGUUCCUCUAUUUUGUUCUUGGCACCACUUUAUUCCUUCUAGUGGCCACAAUGUCUGUUGAUCGCUACAUAGCCAUCUGUAACCCUCUUCAUUACACAACCAUCAUGAAUGAACAAAUCUGCUCAUUAUUGGUACUUUGUUGCUGGAUUGGGAGUUUGUCACUAAUUCUAGUUCCAUCUAUUCUUUUCUUUCAAAUGCCAUUUUGUGGUCCUAACAUCAUCAAUCAUUUCUUUUGUGACAAUGGAGCACUAAUCAAACUCUCAUGUGUUGAUACCAGUCUCCUAGAACUGAUUAAUUUUGUGAUUGCCACAUUCUCUCUGCUUGGGACCUUAAGUGUCAACAUUGUGUCUUAUGUCAAAAUCAUUUCCACGAUUUUGCGCAUCCCAUCAACUACAGGGAGGAAGAAGACAUUCUCCACCUGUGCAUCUCACAUGACUGUGGUCUCCAUCACUUACAGCAGUUGUCUUUUCAUGUACAUAAGACCCAAAGGCAGCAGCAAAUUAGAUUUCAACAAAAUGAUAGCUCUUCUGAAUACUGUCAUGGUUCCACUUUUGACCCCGUUCAUAUAUUGUUUGAGGAACAGACAAGUGCAGGAUGCUUUGAGGACUGAACUGAGACAAUGGAUUGAGUUUUGCAAGAAAUUGAAGUGAUUUGUUAUAGAUGUGACCUUGAAUCAGAUUUUAAAGUUCAACUUCUGCUUUGUUAAGUUAUAGCAUGUGCUGCUUUCAGAUGUAAUGAUCACACACUGAGGUGGUUUACAACAGGACAUGGUAAUCAGGAAGCCAAACAUCUGAUAAUCCCCAACAAAAUAAAGCACAAUAUAUCAGGAACAUGCACACAAUAUUUUGUUCUGUCUUUGGAUUCGAUAUCUACAGAGGAAACUGAAAGAAAAUGCUUGAUAGACAUUUCUUGCAAUUUGCAAUAGGUUUCUUUGAUCCUCGAGAAGGCCCUGUGGGAUCUUCACAGUUAGUCUCGAAUACAUGUUGCGCAUUAUGCUUUAAAACUGUAACUAGCUUCAUUGUUUAUAAGAGGCGGCUUCCAUGUUCAUUGCCCUGAAGAGAUAUGGAAGAAGAAGGCAGCAAAACUGCACAGCAGGUACAUCUGAGAAUGGAGAAAGUUAUGCUUCCCAAACAUUGAAUUAAGGGGUAACAUUUUAACAGAUGCAUUUGCUUUGCACCAUUUCACAAUCUAGAAAAAUGACUCUUACUCACAGAAAAUUGCAAGACCAUAGCCUAGAGACCAUGAACAAUUUCUGAAUCUGUUUUGUGUAUAUUGUAUGUGAUGAAAAUACUGCCUGCCAAAUAUAAACUAAUGAGAAAAAAUGAUAUACAUUAUUGCUUUGCCUCUGAUUUGUAACAUUAUUAAACAUAUCCUCUA